AUGAUAUUCACACAGCUUGCCAAGGCUCUUUGCCUCUGGUCUCUCCUUCUAGUACCUUUUACUGUCGGCCAGAAUACCUCAGACCAUGAGUCCAACAAGAACAGAACCCUGAGUAUCGGUAUUAUCAUCUUCGAUGGCUUCGAGCCCAUUGAGGUCUGGGGACCACUUGAAUACCUAACAACUGUAAGUAAUCCGCCCUUGUCAGCCUUCUACAAGAUGACCCUGUCCAUCAUUUCAUACCAAAAGGGUCCCGUCAAAGGCACCGUCAGUGCGCGACUCCAGCCACACCUCGGGGGCGAUUUCAGCAGCACACUAGGCGCAGAAACAGCAGUUACCCAUACGUUUGCCGACGCACCAGCUCUCGAUGUCAUUCUGGUUCCCGGUGGCACGGGCGUCAUAAACGCGACCUUGAGUAACAGGACCGAGAUCGAGGAAUUUCUCGUUCGACGUGCCGACCAGGCUGAAUAUAUUCUCGGGCUCUCGUUUGGAGUCACGCAUCUGGCGCGGUCGGGCCUCCUCAAUAGCAAACGCGCAACGACCAAUAAGAGCGGGUAUCAGUGGAUCGUGGGCUAUGGCCCAGAGGUCAACUGGGUGCCACAGGCUCGGUGGGUUGUUGAUGGCAAGUUCUGGACUGCUUCAGGCAUGAUGGCCAGCUUGGACAUGACCUAUGCGUGGUUGUCCCAUGUUUAUGGAGCUGAAGGGCCUGUUAAUCAGCAAACGAAUGGUAUCGAAUAUGCUCCACAUCUUGAUUCUUCGUGGGAUCCUUACGCCAUUAUUUUCAAUGUCAGUCCAGGCCAUGUUCUCUCGUGGAAAUUAUUAUCUUGUGCUGAUUGCUGA